GAAUACUCAAUCUUCAUGUGUCUCUCACGCACUUUUCUUUAGUGAUGAAUUUUCAUUUCGGUUUGGUUGUGAUCUCCGUAAUCCUUGAUGUGGUUUUCGUUUGGUCCACCGAUGACACUUUGAAGAAAAAAGUUCAAUUGAGUUUCGGCAUUGCGACAAAUCCUUUUCUUCAAUCGUCAAACUUAAAUCUUCCCAAUAUUCAAAACAAUCCUUUCCUGUAUUCAUCGAAUGGUAACAGAAUUGGAAAUCCAUUCUUGUCAAAUGCUGUUGCAACACAGGCAUCCAAUAUAGCCUUUCCCAAUAAUAACUAUAAUCCCUUUCCUAAUAGUAAUGCGAAUCCUUUCCUGACAAAUCUACGUAAUUCUACUAGAGAAAUAAUUGAUCCAAGGGUUGAGAUAGAAUCUCCUAGUUCACCAAGCCCUGUACCAGUAUUUAAUACACCAGCACUAAAUAAUGAUUUUACAUUUCCUACUCCUCCUAAAAUUCAUCCUCCAAUUUCACACGUACCAUCCUGGAAGGAAUUGUUACCUUCUAAGAUCAGUCCAGAAAAAAUGAUAUCAGAACUUAAGUGUGAAGAAUAUGUGAGAGAAAUUGCGGGUACAACCUUGAUAACGUCUUUGGCUGGUUCAUCAUCAGGCAUACGUAAAUUGACUAAUACUUGUGAGAAAGUAAAUCACUUAGUGAUUGGUGGUACCGAGGCACGUGUCGACGAAUUUCCUCACAUGGUUGCACUAGGCAAACGCAAUUUUGACGAAUUUAUUUUGAUGUGCGGCGGCACGCUGAUUUCACAUGCCUGGGUGAUUUCUGCUGCUCAUUGCACUCAUGGGACAGAUGGCGGUGUAACUGAUGCAAGGAUUGGCUUCCACAGUUUAUCAGAGCAGAAAGGCAUCACGAGUGUCAUUAAAGAUAUAAUAACUCAUCCGGAUUACAGACCACCUGCGAUGUAUGCGGAUAUAGCUCUAGUACAGCUCAUGACUGUUGUUACGUUUAGUAUGUCUAUACGACCCGCGUGUCUUUAUCAAUUAUUUAAAACCAUGCCUAGACAGGCUUUGGUGAGCGGUUGGGGUGUUACCAAAUAUAGCGGAGAGGUGAGCGAUCGAUUACAAAAGGCUCAGCUGGAUGUGAUAGAUAAUCUGUCGUGUACAGUACGGCAUAACAGUUCUCUAGAAGUUCCGCGUGGUAUCACACCAAGUAUGAUUUGUGCUGGCGAUCCUAGCGGCAACUGGACAAAGGACACUUGCCAAGGAGAUUCCGGAGGUCCUCUCCAAAUAGUUCAUCCUAGUGAAUGCCUCUUCCAACUGAUUGGUAUCACUAGUUUUGGUAAAGCCUGCGCAAUGAUUGAUAUUCCCGGUGUUUAUACUAGAGUGUCUCAUUAUCUUCCGUGGAUCGAAGGUAUAGUCUGGCCGCAAGGACAAUAAUCACAAUUUAUUCGACUUUUACGAAAGUGAAAGAAAUUAUGAAUAUAGUUGACCAGUCUGCAAUUCUGACUAGAAUAUUGGAAAAUAAGAACAGAGAAAUCACAAGAUGUGGAUUUAGAAUGCAGCAAUGACGUUGAUCUCCUAAACUAUUAAAAAUCAAGAGAUUUUGUUAUCAUGAAUAGUGCGCCAUGUAAGGCCAUUACCAUAAGGGCCAUGGAUUGAUGGGAAUAAGAUAUGCCACCAACUUCUGUAACAAUUAAUAUUAAGAUACAUUAUGAAAAUAAUAUUAGACAAAUUUUUGGACAAUGAGACUAUACAAAUAUAAAAAUAAUAUUGA